AUGGCUAUUUCUACUCCUACCACCGGUGAAGCUGUCCAGCAGUUGGACUGUGCCGAUUUCGCUGGAGAAGACCCAAUUAAGCAAAAUGAGUUUUGUCUUAAGCUCGUCGACUCCCUGAGCACCUUGGGUUUCUUCAAGGUCAUUAAUCAUGGCAUCAGUGUCGAGGAAAUAAAGGAUGCUUUUGAGUGGAGCAAGAAAUUCUUUGAUCUUCCAUUAGAAACAAAGUUGAAGGUAGCCCAUCCUGCUGAGGCAAACCCCCACCGUGGUUAUAGCAUCCCUGGACAGGAGAAGGUGUCUCAAAUCGCAGAAUUUGAGAAAGGCAACCGGGAAGCAGUUCCAGUCUUUGAUAUGAAAGAAUCUUUCGAUUAUGGGCCCGCAGAAGACGAACGUUACGCCAACAAAUGGCCGGAUGAGACCGAUCUUCCAGGUUUCAGAACCUUCAUGGAACCUUUCUUCUACAAGUGUGACGAGGCCCACAUCAGACUUCUCAAAGCCCUGUCAAUAGGCUUAGGGGUUAACCCUACCAUCUUCAUGGAUGAUUCCCGUCAACAGAAUGGAUGCGAGCUGCGUCUGACUCACUAUCCAGCUUGUGAUCUGUCUAACAUAUCGCCAGGUGCCACGAGAAUUUCGGAGCACAAAGAUUUCGGUACACUCACUUUGCUCUUCCAGGAUUCCGUCGGAGGACUCGAGGUGGAAAGUCGUGCUAACCCGGGCUCCCAUAUUGCUGUUGAAUCUGAGCACAUGGGAGAAAUGAUUGUCAACAUUGGAGACUGCCUCCAGCGCUGGACAAAUGACAAGCUCCGCUCUACCGUCCAUCGGGUCGUCCUGCCACCGGGGACGGAAAGAUGGGCAGAUGCCAGAUAUUCAGUGGCCUACUUCGGUAAACCGAAUCGGUCGCAACUCGUCGGCACCAAGCCCGAGUUCUUGCCUGAAGGUACAGAAUCGAAGUACAGCAACAUAACUGCUUUUGAGUAUAACCAAGAAAGGCUUGGUUGGACCUACUAG